AUGCGCACGUUCAAGGCAAAUCGUGACUGGCUUGCACGGGCUGCGGGGCAGGUGGCGUUUGUGUUGCCUUACCAGUCCCCUAGCCAGUAUUCUCCGGAGCUUUGGCAGGAAGCGCCAGAAGAUUUUCGGUUAUCCCCGGAUUACCCGGUGGGUUUCGGACAAUUCGCUCGAGCACUCUGGAUUCAAGAAGUCAGAGAGCAAGAGAUUGAAGGAGACAUGGAGCUGGUGAUGAGCGGCGCGAACAGCCAUGCGGGUAGGGCGCCCCGGGUGCUUCGUCGUUGGUUCAGUCAUCGUUGCGUGCAGUUUGAUAACAUGCCGAAGCGAGAAGAGUUGUUAUUCUUUACGCGCCGAAUGAUCAAGGAAUACGAGUUUUGGAACCAGGCGUGUGGUCCAGACAUCAGAAAAGUAAUUGAUCCGAAGAAUGAAGGUGAAUCAAAAAAAAACAUGAUGUUGGCUCUUACUAAAGCUUGCAUGCUAUUGAAUAAUAUGGAUAGCAUGAACAGCGUGGCGGUGAGAAGUCACACAUACGAUGCUUCGUUAAUUCGUUUGGUAUGGUAUGACUUAAAGAAGUUCGAAAUGUCAUCUCAAGAGAAGUGUGAUGCUCUUGCUUUUCUUUCCUGGUGGUAUCCGCGUUUAGUAUCUCAACUAUUUGCUCAGGAAUUUAGACCUUGCUUCAGCAUUGAUCUGACGUUGAAGGAAGUCAAAGGAGCGGCAGUGCCAUGGUUCCGAGCCGAGCCGGGUUCGCCUAUAGUGAGUACUGUCCUUAGUGACAUUAGCGCGUUCUUAGAUUCUACCAAAGAAGGCCGUGAGGGCGAAAAGGGCCGUGAGGGCGAAAAGGGCCGUAGAUCCUUCGAGGACUGCGUAAGCCACUGCCGAAAAGCCCACUACGACCGAUUAACUAAUCGGUACGAGAAGGCAUACAGACGGCGACAGGAGGAGGUGUUAUCGGUGUAUUUCCCAGCUGGUCGCGACUUCUGGUUGGAAGCUCCAUUUGAUGGACGAAUAGCAAUCGAGACUCCCCAGUUUCCCGUCGGCUGUCCGAUUAAGGUUUGCUGCAUCGAUGAUUACAACGACUACAGCCUCCGGGAGUGGGCUUGGUUCGAGGAAGAACUAGUGUGCUGUCUGAUGAAAGUGGUGCGACUUGACGGGACGCCAGAGGCCGACAGUGAUGCUAUCACCGAAAAAAUUGAACACAACGAGUGGUUCCGACUCUCCUUGGACAGAAACAUGCUGCAAGAUGUAUACAGCGCCGUUCUCUCCCGAAUAGUGCGUCAAACCGCUUGGAACCAAGCGAAAGCCUACUCCAGAAGAGUCGGCUGUGUCCUCAUCUCAGCGGGUGGACUCAUCCCACGACGCAGGACUGAGGCCCGGCAUACUUUGAAACGCAGUCAGUCCGUCUGA